AUGUCUGCAGUGAAUGCCAGGGUCCUGAAGGCUUGGAGAUUUGAAGGAUGUGUUUCCAGAGACUGUUUCCCUGGACUGGAAGACACAGGUCACAAGGGUAAAACCAAAAUAUGGUGGCUUUUAGCAGCUUCAAGUCUACUCCAGGUGCUUGGAAAAAUACAUGACUUCUUUGAGAAAAGAAAACUGGAUGAACCAGAGGUUAAUAUGAAUAUUAGACAAAUCAUCACUUACUGGGGCUACCCAAAUGAAGAGUAUGAAGUUGUCACUGAUGAUGGCUAUGUCUUGGGACUCAACAGAAUUCCUUAUGGAAAAAAUAAUUCUAAGAAAGGUCCAUGGCCUGUCGUAUAUCUUCAGCAUGGCCUGCUUUCUUCUGCAAGCACCUGGAUUUUAAACCUGCCCAACAAUAGCUUGGCUUUCAUGUUGGCUGAUGCUGGUUAUGAUGUCUGGAUGGGAAACAGCCGGGGGAAUACCAGGUCCAUGAAAAAUAUUCACAUUUCUCCAGAUUCAUCAGAAUUCUGGACUUUCAGUUUUGAUGAAAUGGCUAAAUAUGACCUUCCUGCCACCAUUGACUUUAUUUUGGAGAUGACUGGCCAGGAGCAACUGUACUAUGUGGGCUAUUCCCAGGGAUCCACUAUAGCUUUCAUAGCAUUUUCUACUGACCAAGCUCUGGCUCGAAAGAUCAAAAUCCUUUUCGCUUUCUCUCCCAUCGCCACGAUGAAAUAUAUGGAGAGCCCCAUAAAUAAAUUCUCAGUGUUUCCUGAGAAAAUAUUCAAGAUUUUACUUGGUGACAAAAUAUUCUAUUCGGAUACUUUUAUGGAGAAAAUCAUUUCUACUCGAAUCUGUGGCCACAGGCUCUUUGACCAAAUUUGUGGAAACGCCUUAUUCUACAUAUUCGGAUACAACCAAAAGAAUUUAAAUAUGAGUCGCGUAGAUAUAUACCUUUCCCAUACCUCAGGGACAUCGAUUCAGAAUAUGAUGCAUUGGAAUCAGGCUGUAAAAAAUGGGCAGUUUCAAGCUUAUGAUUGGGGAAGCCCAGACCAGAAUAUGAUGCACUAUAAUCAGACCACACCUCCCCUUUAUAAAGCAGAGGACAUGAAAGUGCCUGUUGCCCUGUGGAGUGGGGGCAAUGACUUUUUUACCUCCCCCAAGGAUGUUGAUAAUUUGCUCCAUAAGCUCCCUAACCUCAUUUACCACAAGAGGAUUCCUUCCUAUAACCAUUUGGAUUUUACCUGGGGCAUGGAUGUUUCACAACAAAUUUACAAUGAAGUCAUUCAAAUGAUGAAGCAAAAUGUGUAA